AUGGCCCGAGUCACUGUGUUACUGACAAUAUUGUGCUUUGUCUGCGAUUUUGCAAUUUCAGCCCCUCGUAGAACUAAAGUGACGAUACUUCGGGAUAGUAAUGUUGGUUACGAUUUCGACGCUGGUGACAACAGAAAUAAGGCUUCAGGCACCUACCAGGGGUCCAAAGAUGUGGAGAUUGACUUGCCUGAAGAAGCUGCCAUUAAAGCUCCUGAAAUUAUAUUGCUAGAGAACGUGAACACUGGUGCAGGCAUCGCUUUAGGAGGAAAGGUCGACGUGGAAGCUGUCAAGAGUCAUUUCUUCAAAUUCAAAAAUAAGUUUUUUCCUUGAAAAUAAGAACAAAGACAACCAAACAAUUGUAGGUGUUAAUGUAAUAAGAUGACAUUUAAAAAUAUUAUAUUUACCUACCUGAUAAAAAUGAUAUGGUCACUUUAAAAAUGUUAUGUUUAUCCUAUAAAAGUGAUAUGGUCAAUUAAACAAUCAAUGUUUUCAUACAUCACCUGGUUAUAUAAAUUCGUCGAUAAACAAUUGCCUACUGUUUAAACAAAAUAAAUAUACUUACCCUA